UGAGAGCUCUGAUUUUUUUGCGGAUUUCCACCGAGUUUCCACUUGUAGGCUGAAAAGCUAAACUAAGCGUCCCCGUCUCUUUAAUCUUAUGGAUGCCGUAUGAUUGUGCUGUGAGAGAGAUCCUAACCCACAGUGCAUUGUGGAGAAAAGCGACACAGACAUUGGGCAAGAAGAGAAACAAAACGGAAAAAAACAUUGAGAGCAACCUUCCUGGUCACAGUUGACUUACAGACUUUGCAGAGCUUCAGUCAUACACACAAUGAUGAACUUCACCUUGAUAACAGCUUUGAUUCUCUGCAGCAUCAGCUGGAUCUCUGUCUCAGCUUCUGAGUCUCAGACUGUGAAUGUCCAGCCUGGUGAAGAAGCCACGCUGCUGUGCUCUAAGACGCCCGAAUCUGACUCUUUGGCAUUAUGGUUCAGAGUGGUCAACAGAACCAAGGCCAGCUCCAUUUCCACUAUGAUCAGCUCUACCAGCAGUCCUGUCUACUUUGAUGGAUUUCAAAAUGGAAAAUUUGAAAUGGGAUCCAACACCUCCGCUGUCUCUCUUAAAAUUAAGACAGUGGAUUUUUCUGACUCUGGGCUGUAUUUCUGCGGAUUUUACACAGCAGGACGGUCAAUUUUAAGUGUGAUACAUUUAAAUGUUGAAGGCAGUGAUGAAUCUCAGGAAGACGUUGACACAAAGUCUAAAUCAGAGUGUGACAGAAUAACAAUGUUGAUGAGUGUGAUCCUGGGCGGUCUGACUGUUUUCCUCGUAAUGGUCGUCGUUGGUCUGGUUGUUAAAAACAGGAAACUUCAGACAGCUGCCAGUGAAGAACAGAAUCCACAACAGCGUGAGAGAUCAACUUUUGCACAUCAGAUCGUUGGUGGACACUUUUUCACCACGAUCAACCAACAAUAAGGAAUAUCCAUGGCGUCGGUUACCUGUUGGCGCACCUGGAAAACAGAAUGAAGGAAACAAGGGUCGCAGGCCGGGUCCUGGUCAGGCUGAGGUAACGUGCAUACCGGCCUCCUCUACUGAGUAUUCUUUUAGCAAAUGUCCAGUCUCUGGAUAAUAAGCUGGAUGAACUUAUAAGCAGGAUGGCUUUUCAUUUAUACUACAUAACUGCACAACCUGUUAACAGUUUAUACAUAUUACCAUUACUGUACACCUGUCUACCAUAAUAUUAUAUUUUAUUCCUAUAUUUUAACUUCUGUGCAAUUGUAUAUCUAUGUAUUGGAUUUUAAGUUGCUCUGUUAGACACUGGCAAAGUAAGGACUGUGAUGUAAUGCUGUAAAAAUAACAUCAAUAACAGAUUGUAUUUAUCAUUAGUCUGAAUUUUAGAGUCUGCUUUCCUCUCAUUAAAAUUAUUUCACUGUGGCAUUUAUGGAUGAGCUGUUUCAGCUUUCAUCAAAUAACAGAGUCAGGUCUGUCCAUUUAGCUAUUAGUCAGCGCUUAAGCCACUAGAGAUAAAGUACUGUACAGAGAGUCUAACUUAAUAAUAUCUCCUGUAGAAAAUCCUCAUGGAAAAACAAGCCCAUAUGAUACUGGGUUGCUGUGACUGACACUGGUAUGGCUGCCAACGUCAGCAAACUUCAGGCAGGUCCUUGUUGUAAGCUGUUUUAUAUUUUGUUUUAUUAAGUUAUCUUAAUAUGAUCAAAAAAUCCAAAGCUUCUUGUUUGGAAAAUUUCAUGAACUGCAAUGUUUCAGUUAACUGACCAGAUAUACUGUUUCUGUCUUUUAGCUGAUAAUGAAUCAGAAUCCACAACAGAGAGAGGUGAAUCCAAUUCUGACAUGGAAUUAAGAUUAAGGUUAAAUUAAGGUCAAAUUUUAUUCUUUUAGGUUUUAUGGUUUAAAAGCUGCUGGAAUCACUUCGGGUAAUUUAUAUUUUAUUUCUUCUCACCGACUCAGCUGUGUAAGAUGUGACUGUAAAUACUUUUGUUUAGAGAAUCUGGACUCUGAUGACCUGAAGGACGCAGCACUGACUUUGUAUUCAACAGCAAUAAGAAGCAGGAGGCCUGCAUCAGAGAGGGAAGUGGAAGCUCAUGUUAUUUAUGCUGCCAGCAGGAAGAAACUGGAACUGCAAC